AUAGGUGGCAAACAAAAUAAAGUUCCACUGACGGUUCCCUGCAGAGACCAAAUUUCAGUUCAUCGAUUAGCAGCCAAGAUGUACGAACUGGAGAAAGAAAACCUGCGGUGCUUUAGUCGCUACAUCAUCCAGAUUUUACGGCCGUCCUACAUCAGAGUUUUCAUGACUACAUAUCUGGACGAAGAGUCUGUAGAGAGGAUCCUGUCAGAGGAGAAGUCGUCAGUGACAUCGGCAGCUCAGAUGCUGCUGGAGAGGAUGUGGCAGCUGGAGGAGGCCGGCUGGUUUCAGGCCUUUCUGGACACUCUGCACACCUCGGAAUAUACAGGACUGUAUGCAGCGGUCAGCAAGUGGGAUUUCAAGGAGCUGGAUGAUAUGCAGCCUUUCAAGAGGCUGUUGGAUCGCAUUGAGCCAUCCAUCACCAAAAACAUGAAGCCCAGAGAGCUGCUGACACACAUGAGCGACUGCAUCACUCAGAGAGAGUGUGAAGAGAUCAGAGCGGUGGAGGAUCAGUCUGGGUGUGUUGCAGCGAGUGAGCGGCUGGUGGACAGUCUGAGACGUUCUGAUAAACCAUGGUUUAAAGUGCUGAAGAUGGCCCUCGAGGCCUGCAGCCAGAAACUCGCCCUACAGCUCCUGGAGCCCAGUACAGAUGAGAGCGAGAAAUGUGUGUCAGAGGAUGAAGAGAACAUGGACACCAUGACUACAGUGCGUUUUGAGUAUAGAGAGGAGGGAGAAAGCGAUUGUGGUCUCUUGAAGAGCAUCAAUGAGAUCAAUCAUACUGACUGGCUCAAUGAGGGUGCAGGGGUCAUGGCCGGUGUGAUUGAGAGGGCAGCAGAGAGGAAGCUGAGAGAGUAUCAGAAAGAGCUGGCCACCGCCGCCUUUAGUGGACAAAACACCAUCAUCUGUGCUCCUACCGGUUGUGGGAAAACCAUCGUUGCCUUGGCGAUCUGUGAGCAUCACCUGAAGAAGUUUCCUGGGAAGGCAAAGGUCGUGUUCAUGGCAACCAAGGUGGAGGUUUACGAGCAGCAGUACAAACUCUUCAUCGAGCAUUUCAGCAAAGACCCGGACGUCAGGGUGACGGGUGUGUGUGGUGAAAUGGAGGUGUGUAUGCGGACAGUGGUGGAGAGUAACGACGUGGUGGUGUUGACCCCUCAGUGCCUGGUGAACGCUCUGCAGGCUGGAGAGCUGGAGUCUCUGCAGGUCUUCAGUCUGCUGCUGCUGGACGAGUGUCACAACACUACAGGAAAACACCCCUACAACAACAUCAUGAACCGCUACCUCGACAUCAAACUCACCGGCAGCACACACACACUGCCUCAGAUUGUAGGCUUAACAGCGUCUGUAGGUAUCGGUAGUUUUAAGAACCAGCAGGAGGCGGAGAUAAACAUCUGCCAGCUGUGUGCCAACCUGGAUGCCAGGGUCAUCGCCACGGUUACCACGAAUAUAGAUGAGCUGAGGUCAUACGUACACAUACCUGAGAAAGACUUUUUUGAGGUACCCCCCCGCACCUCGGACCCUUUCAUCAGAAUCAUCAGUAACAUCAUGAGUAACAUUGAAGAGCUGGCCAAGAAAGUCUACAACAUUGAGACUCUCUCGCCCAUUGUGAACCGUGAUUACGGCAGUCAGAAGUACGAACAGUGGAUCGUGGCUGUGCAGAAGGGCUGUAAGCUGCUGCAGCUGGACGACCCUGAGCAGGAGAGGAGAGUCUGCAGGGCUUUAUUCAACUACACCGAACACCUGCGCAAAUAUAACGACGCUCUGAUCAUUAAUGAGGACGCCAGGACCAAAGACGCUCUGGACUACCUGCAGGCCUUCAUCGAGCAGGUCCGCAACGCUGGCUACGACGACACGGAGAGAAAACUCACCGCGUUCUUCGAUGCUCAGAGGGAUCAGUUUCAGCGUUUGGCCACCGAGGGGCAGGAGAACCCCAAACUGCAGGAGCUGAAGUUCAUCCUGGAGGAGGAAUAUCGCAACAACGAUCAGACCCGCACCGUGCUGUUCGUCAGGACCCGAGCCCUCGCAGACGCUCUGAAAAAGUGGAUAGACGAGUCAGAGUCUCUGAAGUUUUUAAAGCCUGGAGUUUUGAUUGGAAGAGGUAGAAGAUCGUCUCAGCUGGUGGGCUCAGGAAUGACCCUGACCAGUCAGAAAGGCGUUUUAGACUCCUUUAAAAGUUCUGACCAGAGUAAGAUCCUCAUCGCCACAUCUGUCGCUGAUGAGGGCAUAGACAUCCCACAGUGCAACCUGGUGCUGAUGUACGAAUACGUGGGCAACGUCGUAAAGAUGGUGCAAGUUCGAGGUCGUGGCAGGGCCGCGGGCAGUAGAUGCUUUCUGAUCUCCAGCAGAAAGGAGCGUAUUGAAAAGGAGAGGCAGAACAUGCAGAGAGAGAAAAUCGUAGAGAAAGCCAUCGCCAGCCUGCAGACCUCCCCGGAAAAGCUCCAGGCCAAGGUGAAUUUGUUCCAGAAGACUGAUAAAAUCAAGAGAGAUUAUAUGAGCCUGAGUCCAGAGAAGCCUCGGACCGUGGGCAGUUAUAAGCUGCUGUGUGCGAAGUGUGAGAAGUUUGCCUGUUUCAGCCACGACCUGCGAGUGCUGAAGGAGUGCCACCACGUUGUCCUGGACCGCUCCGUAUUUCAGCGCUGUGCCACUGAGCCCCAUCAGAACCCCAAGAGCUUUGGAGGAAUCACUAAAACCCAGAAGAUGUACUGCGCAGACUGUAAACACGACUGGGGCAUCAUCGCUUCAUAUCUCAGCAUAAGGGAUCUACCGAUUCUCAAAAUCGAGAGUUUUGUGGUCCAGAACGUCGUCACACUGCAAAAGCAGUGGUACAGGAAGUGGCGUGAUGUGACCUUCGCCAUGCAGGAGUUCGACCUGACAGAAAUCACUCCGGAGACGUGGGGGCUGAGGGAGUAGAGACAGCAGGACACAGCAGAUUAAUCAAUAAAUAAAAUCACACUCGUACAUCCAUUUAAAAGAAGCUGCAUGCACAGGAAUAUCAUUGCGCUUCUCUAAAAGUCAAAUGAAUACGGCUUUACUGACAUUUUAAGCAAUCAGAAACAAAACGUCCGACAGCACGAACAGUCUUUUAACACACAAAACACUUAAAACAAUAAUAUCAACCAUAUAGAACAACAAUAAGGCUUAUAUAGUGUGGUGAUGGUGCGAAUGCGGGCUAACCUCGUAAAUUAACAGCAUAAUCACCGUUUCCAGUUUCAUCAGUAUGUUUAGGACGUUUGUUAGACGUUAAAUGAGGACAAGUACAGCUCUAGUUUUAAAAAAGAGCUGAAAAACAAAAAGGAUGAGAUGCAGUAAGUGUAGAUGUUGGGCAGAUUGUUAGAUGACAAAGAAAAAUGUAACAAUAUUUUUCUUUCUUUUUUUUUUUUAUUUAGUCUGUUUCUUUCUUUCCUAUCUGGGUUUGAUUUCUGCACCCACCUCUUAAAAUGCACUUAACUACUUAGUGAAUUACUGGCGGCGAAUGUCACAGCCAGGUGCGCUCGUAAAAAUGAAGGUGGCAGUCAGGGUUCUUCUGAGUGAUGUCAUGGAAAAACUACUAAACUGGGUUCCUUAAAGGGCCAAUUUACUGCAAACUUUUAUUUACAAAAUAUUUUAGUGUUUUAUUGUUAUUUUAGCUUUUUCCUUGAGGUCUACUUAUGGGCCAUUCUACAGAAACGUCCACUUUCCUCUCUCCAUAGGAGUCACUGGUGUUACUGAUCGUCAUUGGUGUUACACAUAAGAAAGGGAACACCAGAGACAUUUUUAUUGA